GCAAGGUCGUGGAUGCCGCCAAUGGUAGUUGGGCGAGGUUCAGGGACAUGAUGCAGAGAAAGUAUAGGUUGGGGGAUGGCUUGCUAACCAUGGCGGAUUUGGAGGCAAUGAACAAGGAUGACUUUUCCACGAUUGGGGCGUUUGUGCACGAGUUUAAAAGGAAGGCGCGGAAGGUGCACGGGAUCUCCGAAGAAACGCAGUGUGCCAUAUUUUUGGGUCUGCUUACUGGCUCGGAGGCCUCAGAGCUGACGGGUCACGGAGGGGGAAAUGAGAAACUCACCUGGGCCACUAUCGACAAAGGGGUGGAAGAGGGGAACCUGGACCAGGUGGAGCAGCACCAGGUGCGGCUGCAAAGGCACAAGAGAAAGGAAAGGGACGCCACCGCGUCCGGGACCCCAGGGGUGAAGAGGAUCGUCACGGAUGUAUUGGCAGCGCUGGGGUAUGAUAAUGAGGCGGAAGUGCAAAAGAGGGAAGUGACCGUGGGCCAAGGCCGGGCAUCGGGGGCAGUGGAGGAGGAGGCUAGGCGCGAGGGCUAUAGCGGAGAAAAGACGGGCUCCCAGAUCCUAACCAAGGCCCAGAGGAAGCAGCGGAAUUUACAAGUGGGGGGUCAAGGAUCUGGAAAAGGGCAGGUCCCGCAAGCGAUUGUUGCGCCGCCACCUGCUGCCACGACAACGUCAGCGACGGCCGGGCCGUCGUGUAUGGGGCCGCCGCCGGCUUGUGGGCAUUGGGUGCCGCAUUGUCAACCUACGUCCUGGCCCAGUUGUAAUCACUGCGCCUCGUGCGGGGGUAGUCAGACUCAGCCCGGGCAAAUGGUCCCUUAUGAGGGCCUAGCGGCAAGUAUGGGGCCCCCGACCUACCCUGCGGCCCAGGGUCAGUUUGUGGCCCAACCACCUCCCUCCCAACAGGCCUCGCAGGUCAGUGUGGCCGGUGGAGGAAACCAAGGACAAGGCGGACAAGGCGAACAAGGCAAUGGAGGCCGAGGUCAAGGGGGCCGAGGAGGUGGCGGUCGAGGCCGAGGAGGAAAUGGUGGGGGUCGCGGGGGUGGUUGGAAUAGUCAGGGGGGUCAGAACCAAGGUGGCCGAGGUGGCCAAGAGGGGGGCCAAGGGUAUGGGAGGCCCCGCUUUGACUGGCGAAACGCCACCUGCUGGCAUUGUAGCGAGGUGGGCCACACUAUACGGUUCUGCCAACGGCGGCGAGAUGAUGAGUUGACAGGCCUAAUUUCCUCUUGUAUGGACGGGGAUAUAUACGAUAAGUGGGGAGAGCAUAUCGACCCUAGGACCCCGGGAGGAAUCAGGCAAGAGGCUCUCCGGCGAGCAGCAGCGGGGCCCACAGCAUCCCCGACAAUGUUUAGGAUGUGGCAAGAGAAGGAAGAGCCGACCGUAAGGGUCGAGGAGAUUGUAGGGGAUAGUGAGGAGGUCACUCAGCGACUAAGGGCGGGGACUAUAAGAGAGGAGCCAAUAGUCGUCGAGUCGGACGAGGAGGGGCGGGAAGGCGAGGAAGAGCCGGCCACACUCCUCCUGGGAAGGAUGGAAGAUCUGCUGGAAAAGGUGGAGAGAUACCAGCGGAAGCUGCAAACCCUGUGUGAAGGAGCCCGAGAGUGGGAGGCCAACCUGCCUGAGGUCUUCCUUUAUGACUCCGGGCCAGAGCCUUCGCCAGGACAACAAGGGUGCCCAAGAGUGGCGACUGUAGCUCGGACCCGGAGCCAAAAUAAGGUUGGGCCUAGUCAAGAGCCCAGUCAGGCGCCCAGUCAGGCACCCCCUCAAAAGGAGCCGGAGCCUGGACGUAGGAAGGAGGUGGUGGAGGUUCCGGAGGAAGAGGAAGAGGAUGACGAUGAAGAGGAUGAGAGACUCCGACAAGAGGAGGAUCAGCGGGCGGAGCAGAGGGCCAAAAAGAGGGGGGCCCAGAAGGAGGCCGAGCCAGAGCUGCCCAACAGCGUGCCUAAGAGAAAGAAGUACGCGGUCCGGAUGGAGGAAGGCUUUGAUGUGGAGCGGAUGGUGGACAAACUCCUGGAAGGCCAUAAUGACUUGAUGAACCUAAAGGACAUCCUGGCAUCGCCAAGGCUCCGUGGUGAGUUGAAGGGACGACUGUCGCGAAGGCUGGUGCCAAAUGUCCAUCUGAGUACGGUCCUGCCUAGAGAGGUGGAGUGGACUGAGACAGGGACAAGGAUGGAUUGGAAAUGUGUGGCGUGCGAGCAGGUGGAUUUGGUGAUAAGGAACCAGAAGUGUACUGGGAUGGUGGACACAGGCGCAGAGAUGAACAUCAUCAGGGAGAAGGAGGCGGUGAUGAUAGGCAUGGAGAUCGACCGCUCGGACCAUGGCAUGCUGCACGGCGCUAACUGCAAGGCCGCCUUUUGCGACACAGCGUCAAAUGUGAUUAUAGAGAUUGGGAAGAAUGAGGGAAAGUUGAUAAUCGGGGACCCCGACUUCCUGUCGCCCCAGGAAAGAGCGUUGAUGGUGGGGCUGAUGAAGAAAAGGCACCAUGCGUAUGCAUUCAAUGACGAUGAGCGUGGGAGGCUGGAUGUGGACAAGAUUCCGAUGAUACGGAUCCACACCGUUCUGCACGAGCCAUGGAAUUUAAGGGGUGCGCGGUACCCCAAUCCGGACGAGGAAAAGAUGGUGGUGGACUACCUGGACGGCAAGAUGCGGACGCACGUGGCCAAUUAUUCCAGUGGGCCGUACACGUCGCCUUGGUUUUGUUUUAUUAAACCAAAUGAGACGCUAAGGUGGGUGCAGGACUUGCAACGGCUAAAUGCGGUGACAGUGUGGGACGCGGGAGGAUUGCCGAACGCGAACGCAUUGUCUGAAUCGUGCGCAGGGAGGCCUAUAAUCUCGCUUAUAGUCCUCUACUCGGGGUAUGACCAAUUCCCCGUAUACCCGCCAGAUAGGCCCGUAACGGCAAUGCACACUCCCAGAGGGCUGACUCAUAUGAACGUGGCGCCUCAAGGUUGGACGAAUGUAGUGGCGAUGGUGCAAAGGCAUAUGAUCAGAGCCAUGCAGACGGUCAGCUCACAUAUCACUCAGCCCUAUAUCGAUGACCUGGCAGUCAAAGGUCCAAAGGAGAAGGAGGAAGACGAAGUGAUGCCCGGUGUGCGGCGUUUUGUCUGGAAGCAUGUCCAAGACAUCGAUCAGGUUCUGGGAUUAUUGGAGGAACAUAACCUGACGGCGAGCGGCCCCAAGUCGAAACAUUGUAUGAGGGAGACCACGAUUCAAGGUUUUGUCUAUAAUGAGAGUGGGCGAAGGCCUGAUGUAAAGAAGACACAUAAGAUUCUUAAGUGGUCGGUGCCCUUCCGCUCGAUAACAGAUGUGAGGAGCUUCCUUGGGACGUGCGGAUUCUGGAGGAGCUUCGUGAAGGACUUUGCCACGAAGACGGAGCAUUUAAGGAAGUUGGUGCGCCAGGAUCAAGAAUGGGUCUGGGGCGAAGACCAGGAAGAGGCGGUCGGUAGGAUGAAGGGAGAGUUUAAGGAAGGAGGCUUGGUAUUGGGAGCGCCAAACUAUGAGGCCACGGAGGAAAGACCAUUCGUCAUUGAGACGGACGCUGGGCCAACUGCCUUAGGAGGUGUCCUGAUUCAGGCAGACACUGAGGGGAAGGAGAAGCCGCUAAGAUUCGAAAGUCGUACCCUUAAUACAACUGAGAGGAACUACUCUCAGUUCAAGAAGGAGACGCUGGCGGUACUCCAUUGCCUAAGGACCUUCCGUAACUAUGUUUUUGGCAGGAGGCUCAUCUUGAGGGUGGACCCUACUGCACUGGCAUGUUCCCUAAAGAAUUAUACUUCAUCUGACCCAACCGUCGCAAGAUGGUUGACCUACAUUUGGAUGUUUAAUUUCAAGUUGGAAAGGAUCCCCCGGAAUAAGAACAGGGCAGAUGGGUUAAGCCGCAUCAACUGGGACGGAUCGGACGAGGAAUCGAUAGAAGACACGCCGCCAGUUGAUGGGUUUCUGGAUCAAGAGGAGGACAUCCGCCUGCACAUAAAUGAAUGGUACGCACAGUCUGGUGAGGAAGUGAGGACAAUAGAGGAAGGCCCCACUCAAGUAGAGGAACAUGAGCAGCUAAUGGGAGGGAUGUACCUGCUCACCAGUAUGCUCCUGCAAGGAGACUUCGGCCGGAAUGGCUCGUUCAGUCAUGAGGAAAGUGAGAUUUUAGUCCUUGAAAGUCAGGACGACGAAUUCGAGGAAGGAGAGAUCAAGGAGGCGUUUCGAGCGGAGGAGUAUGAUGAGAUCUACCGGGAAUUGGGGUUGCUCCUAUCAUGUGAGAUGAGGGAUAGAGAUGCAAGUGCCAAGGCACAGAAGAUGAGGCACCUCUAUGUGGAGGAGUGGAUGCAGAUGCUGCCCCUCUGGACGCGGAGGGCGGAGAGGUCGUUGGCGGAGAAGAUCCGGGACAGGGCACACGACUGGGAGGACUGCCAGGCCCAGUUAAGACAGGCAUUUCGACGACUGGAGCCCGAGAGACCAGAGCCUAGGGUGGAAAGACGACAGAGGAGUAAGAGGCCACGGGGCCCAAAAGCGAGAGGGGCCGCUACGACCAGAGGGGGCCGAAAGGCCUUGACACAGCGAGAUGGGUCAGCAGAGGCCGCCCAGGCGGUGGAGCCAGUUCAAGCCGCAGGGCCAGCUCAGGCGGCGGAGCUACCCCCUACCUAUGGACUCGAGCAGGUGGAGUUUCGCCGAAUCACGGGCAGUGAUCUACGGGGCCCGUCGCCGAUGUUACCAGAGGGGGGGGAGGCGGUGUCGUUGAGGACGCCGCUCGACAGGUUGGAGGCUCAUCUCGACGCGUCCCAGUGGGGGGCGUCACAGCAGGAAGCGGACCAGAGCGGACCGGCACGGUAUGAGCCAGUAGAGGAUGAGCCAGAGGAGGAGCCACCUGAGCCGGGGCCUGAGGCAGGGUCUCGCGAACCCGAGGAGCCGCAGACUCAGGGGGUUAUCACUGUUGGGGAUGAUACCCCUCCUCCUGCCCCGAUUUCGGAACAGGCACGGCAGUAUUGGCCUGAAGGAACUCCUGAGUCGGACAGCGAGGAAAUGUUGGGGCCUCCAUCGAAAACUACUAUGCCACCUCCGACGCAGGCGGAGCCAGAGGAGGGCGAGAGAGCGAGGACACCUACUACUAUGGUACCACAUCUAACUGAGCCUACAGGUGAACGCAUGGAUGUGGAGGUGCCGACCUCCGGGGAGCCUCCGCCAAGGCCGCCACCCACAGAGGAGGAGACGAGUGAGAGAGACCCACUACGAGAGACCCAUGAGAUGCGGGCAAGGAGGCCAUCAGGGGAGAUGAAAGAAGAAAAGCGCACGAGGGUGCAGGGGAAUGCGAGGGUGGGCGAGGCACGGGAGACAGAGGACUUGGGAUUUCCAGCCACCAGGAUGGAGAUUAAGUGUACAAACAGGAGGAUAGGUGAGGUGGCGAUCUCAUCCUUCCAGCGGUACUCCAUGCUCAGCGAUGAGUUGGCGGCCUCGAGGUUAGAAGUGGGACAGUUGUCCACCCAGUUGACGGAAGAGAGGGCAGAGAACCAAGCGUGGAGGUCCCGCAUGGAAGCCAAGGAGGCGGAGUGGGAGAAGAGGCUCCAAGACAUGGCGGCAAUGGUAGAGAGGCUAUCGUCCACUGAGGUGGUCGAGUGGACGGAGCAGAGCCGGUAUGGUAUCCAGGGAAAGGAGGUACAGGGGCUCUUUGGCCAGGAAGGAACGACAGAGACGGCACAGCAAGAAGGAAUGGGAAAGGUAUUCCUGGACCCAACAGAGGCGGCGGCAAGGCGGGAGGCCGAGGAGAGGAGGUUCAGCUUCAGGACUCCCACGGAKUUGGCCUUGCAACAGGCCACCGCUAUGACGAUUGAGGCUCUUGGGGACGAUCCGGCGCARAGAYCCUAACCUCAAGUGGCGGAGGGGGGSCCCACAGAGGAGUCCCCUACGAUCCUUUUGGAGGUGCGGGAGGGUGCCCUUACUGGAACAGCAGCAUCCACUGAGCUGGAGGUAAUGGGGGGAGAGGCGUCUCGACUGGACGAGUUGGUGGCAGCCAUGGAGCUGGACAUGCCGUCAGGAGGGCCUCAGAGGCAGGAGACCCCGGAGUGAGUGCCAGAGAUAGGGGAGUUGAGGACGCAGUUGGGCUCUUAGGCUACUGAAGCUGACUCAGGAGAGCACAUCUCAGAGCAGCAGCAGGAAGU